AUGUCCUCCCUCCCAACCCAAAUCGCCGAAACGGUGCAAACAGCACACAUAAACCGCGCCCCAUCGCCCCAUCACGACAUGAACCCAUCAACCGCAGCCUCAGAGAAGCAGCCCGUGGACCUACACCCACUACCACGAGGCCGAUCCGACAACCACCAAAGCCACAGCCAACACUCCUCCUCCGCGUCGGAUAUAAGCAUAGACGAGGACCAUGAUAGAUAUUAUGACAACGAUGACGACGACAUCCCGAUCAGCGUGCUGGAGCCGCGGGCGCCACGGCGCAACCAGAGCUUCCCGCCGAUGCCGGACCUGCGGUUCGAGCAGAGCUACCUGCACAGUAUUGCUAAGGCGGACACGUGGUGGAAGGUUGGCUGGAUCACGGUGCGGGACCAGAUGAUGAUGCCCCUAGUCCAGGGCGUCCUGUACAACCUGGCGAUAUGCGGCUGGCAGCACUGGAACAAGAAUGCGCAGCUGAGCGGCAACACGGCCGGGGCGCGGAUACGGCGGUGGUGGUAUGGCGUCAACAACUGGCCGUUGCCCAAGCAUGCAAAGGCGUCAUGA